UUUGUUCGCCGGUUGUAUCCGGGGUUGAGCUUCCUGGGUCGGGGAGGUGGCGGCUGAAACCCGAGCGAUCAGGGCAGCCCACCUCCCAAAAGAGACCAGCCGGAGCUGCACCUCCCUUCGUAAGCGGGGCUUAAGAGACGGCUGCAAACAGCCGAGCAGGAGCGACGGCAUCGACGGUGCUCACGAACAGCUGGAAACUCCGGAACUUCGAAGGUGAAGUCUGGGAGGAGAAAAACCCAGGUUACUCUCCGGUGGGAGAAGAGGAAGAGCCGAAAGGAGCAGCAGCCUCCAGAGGACGGAGGCGAAGCUGGAAGCCGCUGGGCUUCCUUGAGAGCGAGUCCCGUUGAAUUCAGGGUUGGAAGUUAAUUUGAAACUGGAGUAAUCCCUUUUGCAAGAUCCGACGGCUCCUCUCUUCAUCCUUGUUUCCUCCGGCGGCCAGCCAUGCCCCUACUGGAAAUGCCAUCAGAACAUCAGCCCUUUUUCCCCCUGCUGGACGUCCUCUGUAACUGAUUUCAGAGGUAGCUUGCCUUUGGAUAUGGAAGCUCUACACCGCCGUCCUGACAGUGAGCCGUUGAUAACCUCCCAUCUUCCAUUCUAUGUUAGUCGCUUCUUGUGGGUGUAAAUUCCGGUUGGCGAUAUUCACAGAAGCACCUGAUCAUCAACGUCAUGCAGGAAAACUAUGAAAAUGUGAUCUCACUGGCAGAGGAAAUUGCAAUCAGUUGGCCUCGGAUAACUGCCUUUGCUGAGUCCCACAGAAGAAGAGGACUUGGGCCUGUCAUGGAGUCUGAACGGAGCCAAGCACCGCAGGCCCAGUUGCAGAGCCAAGCAGCUGGCCCAAGCGAAAGUGGACUCAAUGCUGACCUCCGUCGCCAGCUGGGCUUCAUCCUUCAGACGGCGGGCAGGAGCCAAGUGGAGAAGAUGCUGCGGGAACUGGUGAAGGAGCAGAGCCAGGAAGGGAAGCGGAAAGCAAGGAAGAAGGCACCUAAGAAUCACAAAGAUGAAGCUGUUGGGGAGAACGAAGAAGAGCUGCAGCCAGAACAAGACCAUGCGGAGAAGGGGGCAUCGCCCUCAAGGAGGUCUAUCAGCCCAGAUGAGGCUUGUACAAGCAGCAAUUGGUGCCCGCAGAGCCUAAAGGACCAACAGCCUCCUCAAGAAUCCGCAGUGCAUCAGCAGGAAGGGAAGAAUUCCGACAGCCAAAGGCACCUGGAAAAGUCUGGGGUGUGUGGGGAGUGUGGGAAGAAAAGCAUGAGUGGUAGUGGACGAGGCCAUGGUAAGCCCACACCAGAGAGGCCACACCAAUGCACCGAGUGUGGACGUUGCUUCCGGCAACACUCCAUCCUGGCUAAACAUCAGAAGAUCCAUACGGGGGAGAAGCCCUACCUGUGUGUGGCUUGUGGCAAGAGAUUCAACCGCAGCUCCAACCUGGUGCAGCACCAGCGUGUGCAUACAGGGGAGCGUCCCUUUCUCUGCACAGCCUGUGGCAAGGCUUUCACCCAGAAAUCGGAUCUGGAGCGUCAUCAGCGGGUGCACACAGGGGAGCGGCCAUACAUCUGCCAAGACUGUGGGAAAUGCUUCUCCGUCAGCUCCCACCUCGACCGGCAUAGGCGCACCCACCAGGAUAACCCUCAGGAGCAGCCUUCGGCCACCUCUCUGGUCCCCGUUACCCACUACUGUCCCGACUGUGGGAAAUGUUUCAGACAACGUUCUGCUCUCGCUAAGCACCGUAAAACCCAUUCGGGCGAGCGCCCCUACCCCUGCAGUGCCUGUGGCAAGCGGUUCAGCCGCAGCUCCAACCUGGCGCAGCACCAGCGCAUUCACACGGGGGAGCGCCCGUUCCCGUGUGCCGACUGUGGCAAGAGGUUCAUCCAGCGUUCUGACCUGGAGCGCCACCAGCGGGUGCACACUGGGGAACGCCCGUAUACCUGUGCUCAGUGCGGCCGGGGGUUUUCCGUGAGUUCCCAUCUCGACCGCCACCAGAGAGUCCACCAAGCCCUCGCGGUAGCUGCAGCUGCCCACUGCUGCCCCGAACACGUGAAAGGGUUCCUCCUCAGCAGUGGGGCCAAGCAGACCCUGAAAUACCAGCUGUACGGCAGCAAAGGACGUCUCACUCGCAGCAGCCAUUGCUUGGACUGUGGGAAGAGCCUGAGCAAGCUUCCCGCUCAGCCCGCGGGGCUUGUGGUCGAGAAGCCCUACAAGUGUGAGGGUUGCGGGAAGGCCUUUGCCCAGCGCUCAGCGCUGAUGAAGCACCAGCGCAUCCACACCGGAGAGAAGCCUUUCUCCUGCGGGGAAUGUGGCAAAGGCUUCAUCCAGAAGUCGGAUCUGACCAUCCACCAGCGCAUGCACACGGGGGAGAAGCCGUACCGCUGUGACACCUGUGGCAAGUGCUUCAGUGUCAGUUCCAACUUGCUGACUCACCAGCGUACCCAUCUGGGGGAGAAGCCCUACACCUGUGGGGAGUGUGGCAAGGCCUUCGUCCAGCGCUCGGAGCUGACCAUCCACCAGCGCACCCACACCGGGGAGAAGCCCUACAAAUGCAGCCUCUGCAGCAAAUGCUUCAGCCGCAGCUCUCACCUGAACCGUCACCGGCGCACCCAUGGUGGCCAGAAGGACAUAGCUGAUCCAGUCCCUUCCCCAUUGCUUGCCCCCAACCCCCACAAGCCAGGCAUUCCUCUGCCCAGCUCUGUCUUCUCCACCUCCUUUUCAUCUCCCAGUCCUCUCCCUCCCUUACCUGCCUUCCCUUCCUCACCCUCCCCUCUUCCCCUCCCUGGUUUGGAGCUGCCUUGGACUCUCCCCUUCCCAUCCCAGGGUUUUUCCCAUCCAGCCUACAUGCCCCCUGCUCCAGACACAGCCCAGGCUUCUCUCAUCAACUAAUUUUUCCCCUUCUCUCUAUUCCUGCUCAGUGUCCUCCUCCUCUUCCUUCUAGCUGCCCUCCCAAAUCCUUUCUGGUUUUGCUUCUUCCUUCUCCUUCCCUGUUCACUGAGCUUCACUCUCUGUUCCCCUGCUCUGUUUUCACUGGCCAUCCACGAUGAAGCUGGAAAGGAGAAGCAGGCAGAAACCGGGGGGAGGGGGGGCAUGCAUCAGUGAAGCAGGUUGUUCCAGGGCUGCACAAUGCUCGGUCCUUCUUCCUGCCUUCUGCAUCAUUGUGAGACAGUAUCAAACUCUCCGUCUUCCCACCAGGGUUAGAACCACUCUGGGUAGCAGCUUGGCUGGAAGAGAAAGAGGAAGUUGGCAGCUGUAGUAACAAGGACACUGACAACCUUGUCUACACAUCUGGCAAGACAAGAAGGAAUGAAUCACAAUAGGGUACAACAUCCUGUGACCCUUGGCAGAAUUCAUGGCAAGGAAUCGCAUUUUUGAGGCUGCUUGAUACGACAAACUCCGUGCAAUUGGAAAACAUCUGAGGAAAAACUGGAUUAUGGUGCAUUUCGUAAAAGGGAAACCUGAGGAAAAUGCUCUCAGAGGACAGAGAACACAACAUCUGGUUCUGCAAGAUUGAGAAAAAUGGGACAAUUUGGGGCUGGCAGCUGCCCAGGCUAGAGACUGAGAUCCAGCUCCCUCUAGUGUAUGUUUAGCAAACCAUCUCAUGUGCCUUGUCUUCACUUCUGUGAUUGGAAAAGCUGCCACGUUUUCUGGUUCCUAGUUGUCAUCAUAAUCAGAAACCAAGAGUUUAAAUACUCUCUGUAUACAUAGAUGUACACACAACACAUGCACAUACAGGUAAUCCUCGGGUUAAAACCACAACUCCAGAAUCUUGGUUGCUAAGCAAGGUGGUUGUUAAGUGAGUCACACCCAAUUUUAUCACUUUUUUUGCCAUAGUUCUUAAGCGAAUCAUCUGGCUUCCCUCACCGACUUCGCUUGUCAGAAGCCAAUUGGGAAGGUCAGAAAUGGUGAUCACAGGACCCCAGGAUGCUGCAACUGUUGUAAAUACACACUGGUUGCCAAGUGCCCACAUUUUGAUCACAUAAUCAUGAGGUGGCUGUGACAGUUGUAAGUGAGAGGAACAGUUGUAAAUUGCUUUUUUGAAUGCCACUGUAACUUCAAAUGAUCACUAACCGAAUGGUUGUAAAUUGCUGUACACAAUUUGAAAUUAUUUGAAA